UCUAAAUCAAUAAUACAAAAAAAUGGAAUGAACCAAGGAAGAAUAGCAGACUUUUUAUUUGUCGCAUUUAUCAUAUAAAUUCAUGAUUCCGACAAGAAACUCAUUAUCUUCUAGCUAAUAUGUCUUUGAUGUUACUCUUAUUACAUGUGAUCUAAUCGGAAAACCGAUAACAAAACGCGUAAGCAUCGUCCGAAUUCUAUAGCAAAUAGCAAAUGACGUAUAUAUUUUAUCAAAUUAUCAGCGUGAAAUUGAAUUCUAACAAUUAGCGAUAGCAGGUCGAAGUGAUUCGUCAGGUCGCUUCUUCAUGUGAAUCAAGAUGCGUUUGAAUAAGUGGGUCAGAGUUUGUAGAUCAGGAAUGGUUAGGGCAAUCCACGCGAUAGCUUUUGCUUCUUUACCUGCAUUUGGUGGUCAUGUAGUUCUGCAGAGGUACCUGGUACGCUCCUCCUCUUUUAGUUCUCUCCUACUCUUUCUGAUCGUUUUUACCCACUUUGAAAUUUGAUUACAUAACCUGUUACGUAAAAAUUUCAGAUAAAUUAUAUUAUACAAAAAAAUAAAUAUUUAUAAUAUAUAAAUAUUUAAAUUUUAUUGCGAAUAAAUUCAAUUAUUUUUAAGAUUACAACUUUUACUUUGUUAAAUAAUCUUGAUCUAAUUUGGAACAAAAUGAUUAAAUGUAUUCAUGACCUUUGAACCUCGAGUGGUCAUUCUUAUCAGACAAUUGAUCACCAUUCACGAAUCUUGUAACAUAACUUACAAAACACGAAAAUGACGUGAUCAUGCAAUCUUAUCCAAUCCGCCGAAUAGUUGGGGUGGUUUAAAAUGCUUCCAGGGCGCACGCUUACGGAAUUCUAGAUUCUAACACAUAUCUCGUGUCGUCGAUGACGUUCAGUCGGAGUUUUGCUUUCGUUUCAUUGAUUCUCUAUUGUAACUCAAAUUCAUAUCUAUUCGAAGAAUGUCGUCUUUAAUCAUACAAUAUCGAGGUUAUUCUUCUAUUAAAUAAUUUAAAUUUGAAACAACAAUUAUUUAGAAAUUAGUUAGAAAUUAAAACUGAAAUUGGAAUCAAAUAAUGUUGAUGAGAUGUCGAAGAUUCAACAGGAUAAAGUAACGUUGACGUCCUCGGGCUCAUCCUUUUCAAAACAAAUCUUACUGCAAUGAAGUGAAAUUAAAGAGCAAAAAAGUGCAGAAGAACAUACAGAUUUGCAAGUGCGCUACAUGAAAGCGAACGAUGAGGCAGCAUCGAAUUUGGAGCCGAUUAGCACGAAUAAAGCGGAUAGAAAUGAAGAACAUGAGGAUGAUUCCAUUGAUCCCAACACAAAACCAAUGGCUGAUGUAACAGAAAUUCAAGAAAAAAUUCAGCCAAUCUCAGAAAUUCCACCAACUUUACACGAACGGUUUAUGAGAGUUAAACAAAUGGUAAAAGAUGCUAUAGCUGCACACCAUACAUUUAUGGUUUAUGGAAGGGCUCGAGUGAUUCGUGAGUGUAUGUUAAAACGAGGAUGGUGUGAAAAAUUCUAUAGAAAGAACAGCGCUGGCGACCAACAUUAUAACGCGGAUGCAAGUCCUAUAAUACUUCUAGCUGGCAUUGGGGAUUUGAAGGAUCAACAAAGCGAACGCCUGUUAAUUUCUAAAAUGUUAACUAAUCAUACUGUGGACUUUCUCUGGAAUACCGGAUCAGAAUGGCCCGGUUGGCCAGCACAAGAUAACAAGACAACGAUUUUUAACAGAUAUUAUCGAGCAGGAUUUACCUCGAAGGUGGGCUUAUGCUCGAACGUCAGACAAAUGCACUGGUAUUACGAAGCUGGAGUGGCGAACACCCUUUUUCCACGUUGCUAUAAUUUAUGCCAAGGAGAUCAGAUGCACGCUUUCAUAGAAGAUUUUCGAUUCACGGCAUGUCUAAAUUUAUUAAAAUGGUUAGUUAACAAGAUAAAUGUUGAAGGUGAAAAUGCAGUUAGAUCACCAACUGGCACUGUGCCUUUGAAGGCAUUAGAAUUCGCGAUUAAACGAGGCAGUGAUUAUAUUAGCGCACAAUCGCACGAAGAUAUCGAUCAAGAAGUCGAAAGGAUUUGGGCGCAUCAAUGGGACCAAUUUAUCAGCUGGUACUAUCAAAUCGUUCACGGUCAAUCUCUCUUCAUUCGAAACAAUGUUCCAUUUCAAAAAUUCUUCCUGGCGUCGAAGCAUAUUCUAAAGAAAAUGAAGAAAUAUUGGCCACAAAUCGACAUGGAUGGUAUAAUGAACGUGUGGAUUAUGAAACCGGGAAAUAAAAGUCGAGGCCGAGGAAUUGUUCUCUUAAAUAAACUAGAAGAUGUUAUGGCGAAAAUGAAUCCAUCAACUAAAUCAGAUACUCGUUAUGUCAUACAGAAAUAUAUUGAACGACCGUUGUUGAUACAUAAUACUAAAUUUGAUAUCAGACAAUGGUUUAUCAUUACUUGCUCCCAGCCUCUAACUCUGUGGAUAUAUAGAGAAAGUUAUCUACGAUUCUGCUCCCAGAAAUUCAGUCUGACGGACUUCCACGAGUCGAUUCAUUUGUGCAAUCACGCGAUUCAAUGCAAGUACACAAAUUGCGGCGAUAGAAAUCCUGCGUUGCCUUCAGAUAAUAUGUGGGAUGCUACGACCUUCAAAGAAUUUCUCAAAUCUCAGGGACACGACAAAGCGUGGGAUGAUAUAAUUUAUCCUGGAAUGAAGCAAGGUUUAGUCGGUUCUCUAUUAGCCAGUCAAGAGGCUAUGGAUCGCCGAAAAAAUAGUUUUGAACUUUAUGGCGCAGACUUUAUGGUUAUGGAUGAUUUUUCUGUCUGGUUAAUUGAAAUCAAUAGUCAUCCUGAUAUGAGUUACUCGAGUAAAGUUACGACACGCUUGUGCAAGCAAGUUUUAGAAGAUACCAUAAAAGUGGUGAUAGAUUACCGUGAAGACAAGAAUGCGAGUACAGGAGAAUUCGAACUAGCUUACAAACAAAGAAUGUCCAGUUGUCAACCGUAUUUAGGUGCAGCGUUGUCUCUUCAAGGAACUAGAAUAACCACUGGAAAGAAAUCCACUUUGGUAAACAAUGAAGAUUCAAAAGUCAGUCUUGUUUCAAAGUCCCCAAUGACUUGUUUGACAAAGAAAAAAUCAAUUACACAUAAUCAAAUUGGACCAGUAAUUGUUGAUUUGAUCGAAGAAUUAGAAAUACAACUUGAUCAGGAAUUUUAUGCUUAUUAUAAAAUGGAUUCACCCAAAUUAAGACAAGCACUACCUAUGAGUAUACGACCGAAAUCUUUAAUAACUACUGUGUUAAUUGAUAAGCAGGAAUCGACUAUGAAAAGUGCCCCUGUGGUUCGUCCGCUUUCUAAUACUAAAGCAAAAUUUCCCAUCUUGACACAAGAAAAAAUUGUAAAUACUCAAAAACACGCAUCACGUCUAUCGAAAAAAUCACAUACUUUCGCUGGGACACCUAGCAAUAAAGUGGAAUCUCCUGUGAAGCAAUCAUUGGUUUCUAAAGUUAUGGCUUUUCAGAAACAAUCUUCGAAUCAAAAAACAAAAUCGAACCAAAAAAUUGAAAAACCUUUGAAACAAAAUAAUGAUAAGAUUAAAACUGCCGUACAAGAUGUCAUUAAAAAGUACAAAAAAAAUACUACGUCUGUCAUUCCUCCGGAACCACAGACAUUACCAUCUGUUUUAACAACGAACAAAGUUAAUCAACCAGUUAUAAAAAAUAAAAAUCAUAAUGUUUCAAAAAAAAAUUCACAUCAAAAUAAAAAUAAAAUUUUGUCUGACAUUACGGAUAUGUAUGCCGUUGGUUUAAGAUUAACUAAUUAAUAGUUAAUCUGCCUAAGCUGCACUUGUUACUUGGGAUCACUGUUGUUCUCCAAGUUCUAUUUGAACUGUAUUUGUAAAUGAUCAAUAAAAAAAACUGUAUUAUCAACCGUUAUAA